AUGGAAGGCGGAGACUCCGUGAGGAGGCGGAGGAGGCCAGCGGGGGAGAGGAAGACAGUGGGUCUUCUGGUGGCCGUUCUGCUCGUCGCCGUCGCGAGAUUUGUGGUGGUGGCGGCGAUGCUGGACCCAGUGGACUUUCUCGCGCUGCAGUCAAUCCGCAAGGCGCUGGAGGACGCCCCCGGAUCGCACUUCUUCUCGUCCUGGGACUUCACCGGCGAUCCCUGCGCCUUCUCCGGCGUCUUCUGCGCUGGCGACCGCGUGGUGGCGCUAUCUCUCGGCGACCCACGCGCCGGGUCCCCGGGGCUGCUCGGGAGGCUCGACCCGGCUGUGGGGCGGCUGUCGGUCCUGGCGGAGCUCUCCCUCGUCCCCGGCAGGGUCGCCGGGCCGGUGCCCUCCGGCAUCGCCCAGCUGGCCAACCUCCGUUUCCUCGCCCUGAGCCGAAACUUCCUCUCGGGGACGAUCCCACCGGGGAUCGGCGCGCUCCGCCAGCUCCGCACGCUGGAUCUCAGCUUCAACCAGCUCUCCGGCACCAUCCCGGCGAGCCUCGGGGCCGUCCCCGCGCUGUCCAACCUGGUGCUCUGCCACAACCGCCUCUCCGGGACGGUGCCGUCGUUCUACUCGCCGUCUCUGGUGCGGCUCGACCUGAAGCACAACAACCUCUCUGGGGAGGUCACCGUCCUGCCGGACUCGCUCCAGUACCUGUCCCUCUCCUGGAACCGCCUGGAGGGGCCGGUCGGCGGCGUGGUCGCUCACCUGGUCCAGCUCAACUACCUCGACCUCGGCGUGAACAGGUUCACCGGAGCCAUCCCCUCGUCGGUCUUCUCCUUCCCGCUCACGAGCCUGCAGUUGCAGAGGAACCGGUUCACAGGGUCAGUGUUGCCGCCUGAGGAGGUGGCAAUCCCCACGGUGGACCUCAGCUACAACCGCCUCUCUGGUCCCAUAUCACCGACCUUCGCGGCGGUGAGGAGCCUGUACCUGAACAACAACCAGUUCACCGGGGAGGUUCCGGCGAGCUUCGUGGCCAGGCUACUGGAUUCCGGCAUACAGAUCCUGUAUCUGCAGCACAACUACUUGACGGGAAUACAGAUGAACCCCACGGCGGAGAUCCCCAUGAGCAGCUCCCUCUGCCUGCAGUACAACUGCAUGGUGCCGCCGGUGGCGGCGCCGUGCCCAGUCAAGGCUGGCCGGGUGAAGACCCGCCCCACCGCUCAGUGCGUCGAGUGGAGGGGAUGA